CCAUUGCUGACAUAACGUGAGAUCGCGGAAGGAAGAACCGCCACCUAAACAAGUUUAGGAACAAAUGAAUGCGGCGUAUUGUUUUUAUAUUAUAAAACUUCGUUGAAAAAGAUUUAUCUCAUGGCAAAUGCCACAAAAACAGGACUUGGUCAAAGUGAGAACACGGGGUGCGUGAUGCAUACCGGCGGAUGCCAUUGUGGGGCAGUCCGUUUUCAGGUGUGGAGUUCGCCAGAUCUACACGUCUUUAAUUGCAACUGCAGCAUCUGUACGAAGAAACAGAACCGCCAUUUCAUAGUACCAAAACGUUGGUUCACUCUCUUGCAGGGCUCUGAGAAUUUGACCACGUACACAUUUAACACGCACAUCGCCAAGCACACUUUCUGCAAAACUUGUGGAGUUCAGAGUUUUUACACCCCUCGUUCCAAUCCUGAUGGAUAUGGCGUGGCACCACACUGCUUGGAUCCUGGCACUGUGCGCAGUGUAACGGUGGAAGACUUCUGUGGUGAGAAGUGGGAGGAGAGUAUGGAGGCACACCAGAACAUCGGGAGCAUGUCCAAAGUUGAGGCUGAGCAACACACAUCAAGAUAAAAAAAAAGCUUGUUUUUGGCUGGAAAUCUAGUUUUUCAUUGUUCAGUGACGGGUUGUUUCCGUCAGAAUUCCUGGAAGUAAUGUCAGUACAUGUUAUCUGAGAUGAGGCAAUUGGUGAGAUAUAGAUUUAAAUCACAAGCAGAGGUGGAAAGUCCAGGGGUCAGAAAGUAAUAGUCUUGCCAUGUGCUUCUUCCACCCAUGAACUCAGCCAGCAGAUUGCAGUAAGUAGUUCUACCUCCUGGCUAAAGAAUUACGCUAAAAAUACCUGGAUUUUCCACCUCUGAUCACUAGACAGCAAAUACAGUAUGUACACAAUAUGUGUUUUUUUCUUUUUUUACAAAACCAGAAAUAAAGAAAAAAACGUUGCUCAAUUGGACUCCUGACCCACUGUCAUUGGUCGGACUGAACAUUUCAAGUUUUGUUCAAUAUCAAACAUGAUAUUAACUGGCAUUAAUUCAAAGUCAGAACACAAAUGUAUUCAAGUAUACAUUUAAAAUGUACUGCCUGGCAGAGAAAAUCAGAAACGUGUGUCAGAUAUGCAAAAUGUUUAUUGAAGGCCUCAAAAAGUAUUAACAAUAAGGAAAGAAAUUAAAGCCAUGACACCAUACAUUCAUAAUCAGUGCUUAUCCCCCUUACACAUAAAACAGUGUUGUGACAUGUUAGAUUCAGUGCACAUAAAGGAAUCAUUAUAAGAUCUCCAAAGUAACAAAAGAUUAGCAGUGAACCAUAGGCUCAUGACUGAAAUGAGAAGCUAAUAGAUUUUCCAGUCUUUUUCUUCCUGAGAGAUAACUUGGAAUGUGUUGGUGAACAUGUAACGGGAAAGCAGCAAGUAGAGGUGGCGAAACCACAGAAGCUGGCUCCGGUGACAAAACAUGGCCCUCUGGAGAAAAGGGGGGAGAUAAACAGAGUCAUUCAUGUAAACAACUGCUGGCUGUAUUUCCACUAUACCAACAGCACGUAACGGUACACAAACGCCUGUGCUUUCAGCACUCUGAAUCUCUGAACUAUGAUGGACUGUUUUGGACUGUAGUACCACUGAGAGAAGCAUAGUAUAGUACAGUAUAGUACAGAAAUCUCUUCAUAACUAAACUGCAGUUGCAGUUAUACUCUACUAUUGCCAAUGCCAAUGUUCUUACGCAGAGAGUAAGUGCCCAGUAACCUGAAUUAGUCCAUGGAAAAGUGUAUAAUCAGUUUUAUUGAGCAACAGCAAAUAAUAAACACAUA